AUGGCUGCUAACCUGGUUACAGCUGAUCCAAAUUUUGUAAGCAAACAAUCAUAUGCAGUCACAAGUCUUGAACCAACUGGUUCCUCACUUAGGGACAAGCUUGUUUUCCCACAAGCUUACUAUGAUGCAAUGGAAGAUUUGAAGCUGGUAGGAAACUGGAAGAUAAGGUUGUUUGAUAGCAAUCAUGUCAUGAUCCAUCUCACUAAGGAAGAAGUCUAUGCCAAGGAAUCAACGGAAAUUGUUGGAAGUACAGUGGACUACUGCCAACAACUAAUGAAAUGUUCAUCUAAUUCAAGUGUGCAGCUUGACCUAGAAUUUUUUAUUUCUGAUGAUGUAUACACUACAAAUAGUAAUCUUACAGAAGUUCCUAGUGAAGAGGAAAUCAAGCAGGCCCUUUCCUCCAUUGACAGUACCAAAUCUACAGGUCCUGAUGGUUUCACAUCAGAUUUCUAUAAAAAAGGUUGGGACAUAAUCAAGGAUGAUGUAGUGUCAGCAAUACAAUGCUUUUUUCAGGGAUAUGGUUUACCAAAUUACUUCUGUUUUUCCACAAUUGCCUUUGUUCCAAAAUCCGACAUCAAGGAACAAUGA